UAAUCUGUGGCUGUGGUGUAAUAUUAUCUGUGGAAGAAAUAACCUUUCAGUUUUGUUGUGUUCGUGUAAAUUUAAUACAAAUAAACUUAUAAAAAUAUCGAUUUUUUUGUAGUUGCUUAAUAAAUAAACUCCUUUAUUAUAAAUAAAAAUGGACGGUCCGCCGGGGACGGGACCGUCAAAUAACAAUGGAUCAAUGGGACCGCCGCCGGGAAUGCCAAACUUUCCACCAAUGCCGCCGCCGCCGGGAGCCAUAACACCCGGGAGUAUGCCGCCACCUCCAAUGGGUCCACCAGGCGCAAUGCCACCUGCUACAACUUCUGGUGGACCACCUAAUAUGCCCCCUCCGGGCAUGGGACCACCACCAGGAAUGAUGGGUAUGGGUCCGCCGGGGAUGGGCCCUCCACCUCCUGGUAUGGGUCCUCCACCGCCUGGUAUGGGUCCUCCACCUCCUGGAAUGGGCCCGCCACCUCCUGGAAUGGGUCCUCCGCCCCCCGGAAUGGGUCCUCCACCUCCAGGCAUGGGAAUGGGACCUCCAAUGGGUCCACCUGGUAUGGGACCAAGAAUGCCGCCUAAUAUGAUGCGUAGUGGUCCUAACAUGAAGGGUAAUUACAACAAUCAAGGAAUGGACAUGGGUCCCCCAGGGAUGGGACCUCCACCCAAUAUGCCUAUGGGGCAUGGUCCAUGGGAAGGUCAAGGUCCGCCAGGGUGGGGUAGACAGGGCCGUGAAGGUCCCCCUGGUUGGGAUGAGCAUGCCGAAGAAGCUGAGGAAGAAGAAGGAGACACUGAGGAGGCUAGUACACAGCAAGGUCCCUCUACAUCUCUUCCUUCAUUGUUAACUAUGAAAAUAGAUACACCAGAGGAGUUCCGUAAUAAACCAGCUCCUCCUGGAGGUGUAGUGUUGCCUAAGGCUUUAGAAGAGGCUCUUGCUUAUAAAGAUCAGAGACAGGCUGCUCUAGGAGAUGAAACUGAACCUGCAGAAGAAGAAGAAGAAGCCCCACCAGAACCUCCACCGGCACCUGUGAUCAGCACAGAAUAUGAUGCUGAGGAGGAUGAAGCAGACUCUGAUGAUGACAAUGUGCCUGAUGCACCACAACCCCCAAUUAUUUCAAAGCAAGAGGCACACUUAAACAAAGCAAAUAAAAAUAAGAGGAAGAAAAAGAAGAAGAAGGCGGCUAAACAGAAGAGAAAAGAAGAUGCUAAAAAGAAAGAAGCAAAUGGUAUUGCUAGCCAAGAUGAAGGCAAAAAGAUUAGUGACAAAGAAAAUGAAAAAGAAGCUGAUAUUGAAUAUGUACAAGAAAAUAUUCAGUUCCAUGAACUGGAGCCGAUGUACCGUCAAUUCCACCGCAUCCUUGAAGCAUUCAAAAUUACAGAGAAGAAGGAAGAAAUCAAAGAAGAAAAAGAUGCACCAAAACCAUCAAGCAAGCCUCAGGAGAAGGUUCAAGACCAGUUUGCUGUUGAUGAAGAAGCUGUAGAGAAAAACGCAGCGGACGAAAAGGAGCGCAUGUCAAAACGUAAACUGAAGAAGUUGUCGCGACUAUCGGUAGCGGAACUGAAGCAGUUGGUGUCGCGACCCGACGUCGUUGAGAUGUACGACGUAACGGCGCGGGACCCAAAGUUGCUUGUACAGCUGAAGGCACACCGUAACACUGUACAAGUCCCAAGGCAUUGGUGUUACAAGCGCAAGUAUCUGUAGGGUAAACGUGGUAUAGAGAAGCCCCCGUUCAAUUUACCCGAUUUUAUCAAGAAAACUGGCAUCAUGGAAAUGCGAGCAUCGCUGCAAGACAAAGAGGAAACGAAGACCCUAAAAGCAAAGAUGCGCGAACGUACGCGGCCCAAGCUUGGCAAGAUUGACAUUGAUUACCAGAAGCUGCACGAUGCGUUCUUCAAGUGGCAAACCAAACCUCGCAUGACUAUUCACGGCGACCUCUACUACGAGGGUAAGGAGUUCGAAACUCGGCUGCGGGAGAAGAAACCGGGUGAUCUGUCCGAGGAAUUAAGGACUGCGCUUGGAAUGCCAGUUGGACCUGGCUCUCAUAAGGUUCCUCCUCCAUGGUUGAUCGCUCAGCAACGAUAUGGCCCUCCGCCGUCGUAUCCUAACCUGAAGAUUCCCGGGCUGAACGCGCCGAUACCUGAAGGUUGUGCAUUCGGGUACCACGCGGGCGGUUGGGGCAAGCCGCCCGUCGACGAAACUGGAAAACCGCUGUAUGGCGACGUAUUUGGCCACCAGAGUAGCGGUCAGGAUGAUGCAGAGGACCAAGAUAUCGAUAGAUCAAUGUGGGGAGAAUUGGAGUCUGAAUCUGAAGAAGAAUCAGAAGAAGAGGAAUCUGGUGAGGAGGCAGAGAAAGGCGAGGAAAUGGCAGCGGGCGUGGCAACACCUGGUGAGGGUCUGGUAACGCCGCUCGGCAUCAGCUCCGUGCCGCCCGGCAUGGAGACACCUGAUACCAUCGAGCUCAGGAAGAAGAAAGUGGACACAGAUAUCGAGGGUGGUGACACACCAGCAUUGUACCAGGUGCUACCGGAGCGUCGUGUGGGGCUGACCGCGGGCAUGAUGGCUUCCACGCACGUUUACGAUAUCAGUGCUGCCAAUCCUGGUAAACGGACCGCGCCAGGGGCGGCGGCGGCCGCGGCGGCGACAGCGGGCACGGUGAGCGAGGGCGCGGCGUCGGGCGGCGGCGCGGGCGGCGUGGACGUGGCGCUGGACCCGUCCGAGCUGGAGCUGGAGCCCGAGGCGGUGGCGGCGCGCUACGAGCGCCACCUGCGCGAGCACCGGCCGCGCGCACGCGAGGACCUCUCCGACAUGCUGGCCGACCACGUCGCCAGGCAGAAGAAUAAGAGAAAACGACAACAGAAUACAGAUUCAAAACAAGCCAAGAAAUACAAAGAAUUUAAAUUUUAAUUGUGAUAUUUAUACACCUGUUUUUAUUAUUAAUAUUAAAAAAAAAUGUCUUAGUGCAAAGAUGUUAAUCUAUAUACUGGACUAGUGGAAAACUGAGUUUGCUGAUUUAAAAAAUGUACUUUUUAAUCAUUAAAAUAGUUUAAUUGUGUACUUUUACAAUUACAAUAAAUUGUGAUAAAACUA